UCAAACACACCGUCCCCUGCUGCUGAUUUCGACUUUGUCUACAGCACCGCCAACUCGCCUGGAGAAUUCGUCAGGGAAGAGAGCCGCACGAGCUCGCCUGAAGUCUCCAACGAGAUGGCAGCUUACACCCCUGGAACCGCACCCUCUGCCUACGGGUAUCAGUCCCCGGAAGCAAUCCACAUUCCUCAGCAGGAAGACACUCUCUCGUUGAAGGUCUCCAUGGACCGCACCAAGACACGAGCCGAGACCCAGACCAAAGUUACCAUCAUCUUGGAUCCCCUCCCGGAGACUUAUGAGUGGGCGCGUUUCGCUCGUCAGACCAUCUCGAAGCCCAAGCAGUUGGCGACUUCAGACGAGAUUCGUGAAAACCAGAAGAAGGGCGCUGCAGUUUCCAUUGAUUUUACCCUUGUUUGCGCUGUUGCAGUGGAAGAGCCAAAAGAUCUGGAACUUGCAUUGGCACGUGCUCGAGGUGAGGGCUCGUUCCCUACAAAGAUCCCACGUGUCGAUGUCUCAGAGAUGGAGAAGGACGACCCUGCACACCCGCAGAACGGCGGUGCGGUGAUUAUCUGCAAUGGCUGUCAAGAGCGCGAAAGGAAGCGAUUUGGCCGCAAGAAGAAGCGCAACGAAGAGGAGGAAGAGGAAUGGAGCACCUACGAUGACAAGCGCAUUAUCAUUGUCAACGAAAAAGAGUUUAAGCGCCUGGCAGACGCUGAUGCAUCGGAGAGCAAGUGGGGCUCGGGCGCGAAGAAAGUCGAGUUCUCCAUGCGCAUCGCAUGCUAUUGCAGACACCAGGAGUCAAAGACACCGGUUGGUUACCGAGUCAUUUUCACCAUCCGGGGCGUCAACGGAGAACUGCUCACGCAGAGCCUGUCCGAGAUCCUUCAAGUGACAGACGAUCACAAGAAUAAGGAGACACCCCAGGCUGAACUCCUGUCGCCAUCUCUGAGCCUGCCAAGC